AUUACGCCAAACGAAGAAGAACCAGAUCACUUCCGGUAUUUGGUGAAAGUAGGCCAGGACGUCAAAAAGACUGUAAAAAGAUAUAAACUCGUAUUGUUUCGGUUUCACUUUAGUGAAACAGGGAAUGAAGCAGGAAUACCAGGACGUGGUGCUGCGGGCGUGCGGUGCGUCCUCGCUGCGUGUCGGCGCCAGGAUCCAGCGUCUGUGGAGCGGCUACGGAGAGAUAGUCCGCCUCCACCUGGAGGGCUGCGACCGGCCCUCGGUGGUCGUCAAGCACGUCAAGUUCCCCUCUCGGGCGAAGGAGAACACCCCGGAGGGCCGCUCGCACGCGAGGAAGGUCCGGUCCUACGAGGUGGAAACCCACUGGUACCAGAACUAUUCCACCGCCCCCGGCUGCCGUACGCCGUCCUGUUUGGCGGCUUGUUCCCAUGGAGACGAGAUGCUCAUCGUGCUAGAGGACAUGGACGUGGCGGGAUAUGAGCAGAGACGAACCAGCGUGAAGGAUAAAGAGAUGCGGGCGUGUCUCAGCUGGCUGGCCCACUUCCACGCUCUUUUCCUGGGCGUGGCACCAGUGGGAUUGUGGGCGGUGGGCACCUACUGGCACCUGGAGACCCGCCCUGACGAGCUGGAGGCAAUGGACGAUGCCCAGCUCAGGGCGGCCGCCGGCGACAUCGACAGGACUCUCAGCCGUUGCCGCCUCCAGACGCUGGUGCACGGCGAUGCCAAGUUGGCCAACUUCUGCUUCUCCCGCAGCGGACAGGAUGUGGCGGCGGUGGACUUCCAGUACGUCGGCGGUGGCUGCGGCAUGAAAGACGUGGUGUACUUUUUAGGGAGCUGCAUGGAGGAGAGUGAGUGUGACAAGAAGGUUCCGGGCCUGCUGGAGCAUUAUUUCUCCGAGUUAAAAGUAUCUGUGAGCCAAGACGUGGACUUUGCGGCGUUAGAGGAGGAGUGGAGGGAGAUGUUUGCAUUCGCCUGGACCGACUUUCAUCGUUUCCUGCUGGGAUGGAUGCCGGGACACUGGAAGAUCAACAGGUACAGCAAACAACUCACUAAGGAGGUUCUGCACAAGCUGAAGCUUUGACAAGAAGAAACUUAAAAAAAAACGUUCCUCCACUUUGAACAUUUUCAUUUGACACUUCCAGCAAAAACAUUAAUUGACAUAAAAGUCAAGUAUUUGCAUUAAGAUACCGUAUUUUUCGGACUAUAAGUCGCAGUUUUUUUGAUAGUUUGGCCUUGGGUGCGACUUAUACUCGGGGGCGACUUAUGUGUGAUAUUAUUAACACGUUACUGUAAAAUAUCAAAUAAUAUUAUUUAUCUCAUUCACAUAAGAGACUAGACGUAUAAGAUUUCAUGGGAUUUAGCGAUCAGGAGUGACAUUAUGUUCAGUAAACGUAUAGCAUGUUCUAUAUGUUAUAGUUAUUUGAAUGACUCUUACCAUAAUAUGUUACGUUAACAUACCAGGCACCUUCUCAGUUGGUUAUUUUUGCGUCAUAUAACACACUUAUUCAGCCUGUUCACUAUUCUUUAUUUAUUUUAAAUUGCCUUUCAAAUGUCUAUUCUUGGUGUUGGGUUUUAUCAAAUAAAUUUCCCCAAAAAAUGCGACUUAUCCAGUGCGAUUUAUAUCAUUUUUUUUUCCUUCUUUAUUAUGCAUUUUCAGCAGGUGCGACUUAUACUCCGGAGCGACUUAUACUCCGAAAAAUGCGGUAAUUAUACUGUUAAAAAUGUUUUGUUACAACACUAGUUUAAAAAAGUGGAUUAAAACGGCAAACAGGUGAAAUAUAUUGAGGAAAAGUUUUUUUACACUGUCAUUGCUCAAAAAUAAUAGUGAUUCAAAAUCACUGUUGUUUUGAAUUAUUGACCUAUUUAAUUCACAUGAAAUAUGAAACAUUUUAGGGGAAAUUUUUGCAUAUUUUGUUUUUGCCUUAUUUUCUUUGACGAAAAGGGCAUACAAAAACAAAACAACAAAAAAACAAUUGAUAGAGCUGAAGUUGAUCCAGAGAUUAAAGCCUUGGAAGUUAAAAAAAAAAAAAAAAAAAAAAAUCAUCGCUUAUUUUGAACACUUUUAUCUUUGGGGGCUUUUAUUUUGUGGGAUUUGUUUUUUUGUUUUAUUUUUUGGAAAAAACUGAUCGCUCAAAAAUAAUGAGUGAACGAAUAAAUGGUGUUUUGAAUUAUU